GUUUAUAUUCUCAAAACGCGAGCAACUUCGGUCGAGGACGGACGUGUUUUCGCAGUGAGACGGAUUAUUUGAACCGCGUCGCGAAACGAAAGAAUAUUGGCAACAAACUUGUUUGAAUCAAAUGGCCAAACACAAAUAUCAACAACAAAGGGCAAAAGGAUAAAAUUCUUUGCUGCUAAGCCCGGCACGUGCUAAGCGAAAAUGCAGAAACUAUACUGAGUGCAGCAGACUGAUAGGCACUAUAGAACCCCAAAGACCCGCUGGUCACGAAGCGUGCUAAAAGCAAACAAAAAGCACACACAAAGCAUCUGAAAAGCAAAGUAAAAAGAAGUCAAGCUCAAAGUUGCAAGCCACUGCGAUGCGUCGGAGGCGUGGCAUGAACCCGGGCGUGAGCUAUACUAACUGCGCCCUGCUGGUGGCCACUGGCCUCCUGGUGCUCAUCUCGGUCCACGCCAAGAGCCCCCGGCCGAGCGGCACCAAUGGCGACCAGGUCGGGGCGGCACUACCAGCUGCCGCUGAUGCCCCAUCUGCCCAGAGGAAAGACCAUGACGACCUGCAAAAACUGGACGGGCAAUCAAAGGAGGAUGUAGGCGGUGACGAGGACGAAAGGGCCAUGCACCAUCAUCGCCGGCGGCUGUUCGAUGAGUAUCUGGGCACCAUCCGCCGAUUGCGCCGCCCCUACCGCAGCAAGUACACCAUCGAGGAGCUGAUGCGCCUGCAAGUGUCACCAAAGGUAUCCGGAGACAUUGACAUGGAUCCCUGCAAGGCUGGCGGUUUCAUGGGUGACAUAGCCCUGCCGGAGGGCGAGUCCUUCCCGGUGGUGGCUCGCACACCCGUCGACGACGAGGAGAAGGAGAGCCAGGAGGUCGAACAGCUGCUGGCAGAUGCUCCGGCACCGGGACCGCCAGCAGUCCGUGGCCCAAUCAAGUUCAAUGCCACCUUCCAGCUGGAUCUGGAGAAGCUUAAACAGGAGGUUUACCACGAGGGCUUGCAAGUGGAGGAGGAGGGUCUUACCGACAUCAUCCGCAAAAAGACCAAGCUGCCCAGUGCGAGUCCAGUGCAUCUCACGGCCGGGCCGGGUAAACCACAAAGUCAGAGUGCUAAUGAACCUGUGAAGCCCGGAUCCCAGUCGCCCUCGGAUUAUGCCCAGCCUGCCAGCUACAAGAACGAGGUGAUCCCCCCGUUGGAGCGGCGUCACAAUCCGCCCAAGCCAGCCAGACUGACACUGGCCGAGAUUAGCGACAAGUCCAGCAACAAGACACAGACCUACCACCGCAACGUCGACCUGCGCAAGAUUCAAUCCGACAACAAGGACAUUGAGGACGACUCGGGCAACAACUUUGUGUCGGACCGACGCCAGUCCCUUAUCGUUCCUACCUCCCUGCCGGAGCAACGCUCCACCCUGCCCAAUGUCUACAGCAAUGCGGGGGGCAAUGGGAUGCAGAUCGACGAGGAGGUGGACUUCUUGCACUCGCGGGGCGUGGUGAGGAGGCGUCACCGCAGAGGUCCCAAACAGAGGCGGAGCAAUCAUCACGCCGAGCACGAAGCCAAGCUGCAACGAUUGCGCGAAGAGCUAAGCCAGCCUGUGGGGGAGGCGCAUCACCACCACCGCCAACACCAGAACCACCACAACCAGCAGCUGCAACAACACCCCCACCAACAGAACCAGCCGCGGAAGAAGCACCGCUCGCAUCGUCAACAUCGUCGAAAGGGCCAAGGCACAACGCACUAUGUGAACCACUCCCCAUCGUCAGGAUUCAAUCAAUCGGCCCAGCACGCUGUGCCCGAAAUGGAUUUGCCAAAAGUGGACCCACCGAAGGACGAGGCUGGGGAGGAGCAACAUCGUCAUCGGGUGGCCCGUGCUGUCACCGCCAAAAAGGAGCGUAUUUGGGACUACGGUGUGAUUCCCUACGAGAUUGAUGGCAACUUCAGUGGCAUGCACAAGGCCCUCUUCAAGCAGGCCAUGCGCCACUGGGAGAACUCCACAUGCAUCAAGUUUGUGGAGCGGAAUCCGGAGAUCCAUCCCAACUACAUUGUUUUCACAGUGCGCAGCUGCGGUUGCUGCUCCUUUGUGGGAAAACGCGGCAAUGGACCCCAGGCCAUCUCCAUCGGUCGUAAUUGCGACAAAUUUGGAAUCGUGGUGCAUGAACUGGGCCAUGUUGUGGGAUUCUGGCACGAGCACACCCGUCCGGAUCGGGAAAAGCACGUCACGAUCGAACACAACAAUAUAAUGAAGGGCCAGGAGUACAACUUCAAUAUGCUGUCACCGGACGAGGUGGACUCGCUGGGCAUGGCCUAUGACUACGACUCGAUUAUGCACUAUGCGAGGAACACUUUCUCCAAGGGCACCUACCUAGACACCAUUCUGCCCAUCGAGAUGAAGGACCGAAAGCGUCCCGAGAUCGGUCAAAGGUUGCGUCUCAGUCAGGGCGAUAUUGCCCAGGCCAAUCGGCUCUACAAGUGUCCCAAAUGCGGUCGAACUUUCCAGGAGAGCACGGGCAUCUUCGCCGCCCCGUCUUACUAUACGGCCGGAGCGUUGACUAACGAGACGGAGCACUGCGAGUGGCGGAUAACAGCCACUCACGGAGAACGAGUGGUCCUGAAGCUGGAAAACAUGAACAUUUUCAAAUCAAACAACUGUGAAACCGACUACCUGGAGAUCCGAGAUGGAUACUUCGCCAAGUCGCCGCUUAUCGGGCGCUUCUGCGGGAAGGUGGCCAACGAUGUCAUCCGCACCGAGUCCAGUCGCAUGCUGCUCACCUAUGUCAAUGCGCAUCGCAGCGAGGGCUUCAGGGGAUUCAAGGCUGAAUUCGAUGUUGUUUGCGGCGGUGAGAUGUCAGUGGACGACGCCGAGGGACGUUUGGAGUCGCCCAACUACCCGCUGGACUACCUGCCCAACAAGGAAUGCGUUUGGAAAAUAACUGUGCCCAAGGGCUACCAAGUGGCGCUCAAAUUCCAGUCAUUCGAGGUGGAGAACCACGACAGCUGUGUGUACGACUAUGUUGAGAUACGGGACGGUCCUGCCCAGGAUGCGCCACUAAUUGGCGUUUUCUGCGGCUACAAGCCGCCGCCAAACAUGAAGUCAAGUGGCAAUUCGAUGUACGUAAAAUUCGUGUCCGACACAUCGGUGCAGAAGGCGGGCUUCUCCGCCGUGUUCAUGAAGGAGGUGGACGAGUGCGAGACCCAGAACCAUGGCUGCGAGCACGAGUGCAUCAACACACUUGGAGGCUAUGAGUGUAGCUGCCACAUUGGCUACGAGCUGCACAGCGACAAGAAGCACUGCGAAGAUGCCUGUGGCGGAGUUAUCGAGUAUCCAAAUGGGACAAUUACAUCACCCUCGUUCCCUGAAAUGUAUCCCGUGCUGAAGGAGUGUAUCUGGGAGAUUGUUGCCCCGCCGACGCACAAAAUUUCUCUCAAUUUCACCCACUUCGACCUGGAGGGCACGGCGCAUCAGCAGUCGGACUGCGGAUAUGAUUCGGUUACCAUCUACUCGAAGCUGACGGAGAACCGGCUAAAACGGAUUGGAACAUUCUGCGGAAGUGCCAUUCCACCCGCCGCCACCUCCGAGGGCAAUGCUCUGCGGGUAGAGUUCCAUUCCGACAAAUCCAUCCAGCGGUCCGGAUUCGCGGCCGUCUUCUUCACGGAUGUUGACGAGUGUGCCGUGAACAAUGGUGGCUGUCAGCACGAGUGCCGUAAUACCAUUGGCUCCUACAUCUGUUUAUGCCACAAUGGAUACUCGCUGCACGAGAACGGACACGACUGCAAGGAGGGGGAGUGCAAGUACGAGAUAUCCGCCCCCUUUGGCAGGAUCUACAGUCCCAACUACCCGGACUCGUAUCCACCGAAUGCAGACUGCGUUUGGCAUUUCAUCACCACCCCAGGACAUCGCAUCAAGCUCAUCUUUAAUGAGUUUAACGUAGAAAUGCACCAGGAGUGCACCUACGAUAAUGUGGCCAUCUAUGACGGGGAAUCCGAGUCUAGCUCGGUUCUGGGACGCUUCUGUGGCGACAAGAUUCCCUUCCCAAUCUCCUCCUCAACCAACCAAAUGUACAUGGUGCUCAAGACCGACAAGAACAAGCAGCUGAAUGGAUUCACGGCCAUGCACUCCACUUCCUGCGGAGGAUUCCUGCGUGCCAGCUACCAGGUGCAACAGUUCUACUCCCACGCCACUUUUGGACACCUGCAAUACGAUGACGACAUGGACUGCGAGUGGACCAUCGAGGCCCCUCCCAACCGAAACGUCCAGCUCAUAUUCCUCACCUUUGACAUUGAGAGCAGCGAGAACUGCACCUACGAUUAUGUGCAGGUGGUGUCCAACAUGGAGGACACCAGCGGACCCAUGUAUGGACAGUACUGUGGAAAUGUGCUCCCGGCAGACAUCAUCUCCAUGACCAACUCUCUACUGGUCCGCUUCAAGACAGACGGCUCCGUGCCAAUGAAGGGCUUCUCGGCCUCUUACGUAUCCGUGGAUCCGUUUGACGUCACCGACGUGGAUGUGGACAACUCGUACUCUUCGGAGAUGGUCACCCCGUUUCCCGGUUCCCUGAAGAGCGUCUACAUCGAGGACACCGAAGAAACCGACGAGUACAGUGACUACAGCGGCAACCAACUAGUCCUCAAUGGCCAAUUUCGAGGUCGUUACAGUCUGCCUCAUCGGUACUAUGGAGGAACCAAUUAGAGCAGGACAAGCAAACGCAGAUAUCGCACAAAAGAUUCAUGACAAUAUAUAAAAACGGAAUUUAUUUAAAAGAUUUAGGCAUAUCGACGUGUAACUUUUUCCGCUCUUCCACGCGCACCUUCUGUGUGUCGCAGGACAUAAUCAAGGACCUCAUCCUGGUCACGAUUCGAUGUUUUAGUUUUAGGAACUCAAAAGAAAUCGUUAGGUUCCAGCAGGCCACUGCUGGGGAGUUUAAAAUUUACUCAAAAUGCUACCGAUAUAAAAUCAUCCACAUUUUUGGGGACAUGCUGUGGCAAAUACUUAGGACUAGUGAAUGCAUGUAAUGUAACUUGGUUUAGACCUUUCUUUAGACUCUGUAACUAAAUGUUUGAUUUCCUCUUGCAUUUCAAUCGCUCCUACUCUAAAGAUUAUUCUCUUAGGUAUACCUAUUUUCCCUAUACUCGUACUGUGCCAUAUUAAAUGGUUCAAAGCAUUUUGUUUCCCUUGUCUUUGGGGAAGUUUCCGUUAAGCAUCUUAGCAUAAGUCGAUUGGAGUGGAGGGCCCAUAUAAAAAGUCAAAAUGGGAGUUAGGCUAGGAAGGGAACAGAGGACGGAAAAGUGAAUUAAAUACGCGAGCACAUAACAUAUCUUCGGUAGCACCGAAUGGAUGGCCCUUGCACUUAUGGAAGAAAGUCCUUCAGUCUGCUGGACGACAAAGAAUUCAAGUUUCGAUACCGAUUCACUUUCCUGCAGGGUCAGAAGGAACCUUACACAUACAUAUGUACAACUCUUGGAUAUUUGACUCAACUUAAUACGUAAUUAAUUCUAUACAUACAUAUAUAUAUUAUAUUAUUAAAACUUGCAUAGUGACUAUGUUUAAAACCAAAA